UCCAUUCUGAUCGCAUAAUUCGGAGAAGAAAGGAGAAGAUAGGGAAGAAAGCUCAUUCAUGGCUUCUGCUGCUUAUUAUGGAAACAGUACUGCAGAUUAAUUUACUGAGACAGGAAAAGGGGGAUUUAUUAUUGUAUUUCAGUGAGUUCACUUAUGGAAAACAUCCUUGAUGCAUCAAAUAAAGUUCUUUCUGUCCAAGAUAAUCCACUAGAACAAACACAAAGAACACCACAUGUGGUGAAUGAGAGUGAGACUGCCACCAGCGAUGAAACUGCGGCAGCUAUUCCAAUCCUAUCAUUGCCAGGAACUUGGAGGAAGGUCGGAAUUUAUCUUUUCUUCAAGGAUAUUUGCUGCAUCUUCAAGUUAGAUGAGCUAGGGAGGGAGGUUGCAAGGAUUGCCAUCCCGGCUGCAAUGGCUCUAGCGGCUGAUCCUCUUGCUUCUUUGGUUGAUACUGCAUUUAUUGGCCGAUUAGGUUCGGUGGAGCUUGCUGCAGUAGGAGUUUCUAUUGCUAUUUUCAACCAAGUAUCAAAGGUUGCCAUUUAUCCUCUUGUUAGUGUCACAACAUCCUUUGUAGCAGAAGAAGAUGCUGUAUGUUGCAACAUCCUUGAAGAAAAAGGAAAUUUUGAUUUGGAAAAAGCUUCAGCUGUGAUAAAUAAAGCUGCUUUCAGUGAAGUUCCUGAUGCUCGGAUGAUCGGAUGCGACCUGCUAAAUAUCGUCAAUACGUGCAGUGAGCUAUCGACGACGACUAAAAAUAAGCGAAAAUUUGUUCCCUCGGUGUCAACAGCGUUGGUUGUUGGUGCUGUUCUAGGAAUCCUUCAGGCGAUCCUUCUCAUUGCUACUGCAAAAUUUGUUUUGCACUUAAUGGGAGUGAAAGGGGGUUCUCCAAUGCUUGCCCCUGCUAUGAGAUAUUUGACAUUGCGAUCCCUUGGCGCCCCUGCUGUACUCCUGUCUUUGGCCAUGCAAGGGGUUUUUCGUGGCUUUAAGGAUACAAAAACGCCUUUAUAUGCUACCAUGGCCGGAGAUCUGACCAACAUAAUUUUGGACCCAAUUCUGAUAUUUGUUUUCCAUAUGGGAAUCAGUGGUGCAGCCAUUGCACAUGUCAUAUCUCAGUACUUCAUCACCUUGAUACUGCUGUGCAAAUUAAUCAAAAAGGUGGAUAUUGUGCCACAAAGCAUCAAGUCUUUUAAAUUUGCUAGAUUUCUCAGAUGCGGAUUUUUGCUGCUAGCAAGGGUAAUUGCAGUGACAUUUUGUGUGACACUAGCGGCAUCUCUUGCUGCUCACCAUGGACCAACUCCCAUGGCUGCUUUCCAAAUCUGUCUGCAAGUUUGGUUAUCUACAUCACUCCUUGCUGAUGGAUUGGCUGUUGCUGGUCAGGCUAUAUUGGCUAGUGCAUUUGCCAUGGGAGAUCUUCCAAAAGUAGUGGCAGCAACAUCUCGUGUCUUGCAAUUAAGUAUUGUGCUUGGCUUGGUCCUGUCUGGCUUGCUCGGCGUUGGUUUGGGUUUCGGCUCGGGAAUAUUCACAAAAGAUCGCAAUGUGAUAAAACAAGUUCACAAAGCCAUCCCAUUUGUUGCUGGUACCCAAACAAUAAACUCUUUGGCUUUCGUCUUUGAUGGCAUAAACUUUGGAGCUUCAGAUUACACUUUCUCUGCGUAUUCAAUGGUUGCAGUAGCUGCUGUGAGCAUUCCAUCUUUGAUAUUUCUGUCAAAUAGCUAUGAUUUUGUCGGAAUAUGGAUUGCGCUAACAAUUUACAUGAGCCUGCGAACUUUUGCUAGUCUUUGGAGGAUGGGCUCAGCAACCGGACCCUGGACUUUUAUUCGGAAAUAAAUUAUUUAAGGAAUUGGUUGUACCCAAUGUAUGGAGCUCCAAUUUAUCUGAGAUUUGUGUCCAUUAUUUAAAAUGUCUAGCAUGAAAAUUAAUUGUCUUUAUAAUUUGUAGCAAAAAAUAGUAUGUUUUAUUAAAUAAUUGUUGUAAUUAA